UAUUUGCCGCCUCUCUCUUUCUCUCUGGAGGUGGUGAUCGUGUCCAGUCCAGCCUGGUUCAGCUCAGACUGCAGCCCAGAGGACAGAAGGAAGCUCAUCUCCUCCUUCAUCUCCUUAUCCAGCCCCUCGCCUCACGCCUUCCUGCUGUGCGUCCCCGUCAACCAGCCGGCCGACGGAGAGGCCAAGGCGCUGGACGUCCUGACGGAGCUGCUCGGGCCCUCCGCCGUCAGCGGCCACACCGUCGUCCUCUUCACCCACACCGAGGAGCUGGAGGAGGACGAGAAGCUGGAGGAGUACCUCGUCACGUGGCGCAAGGACCUGCUGGAGCUGGUGGAGAGAUGCGGCGACCGCUACCACACCCUGGAGGGCCGCGGGGGAGGCCCGGAGGAGGGGAAGGCGGUGGAGGAGCUUCUGGAGAAGGUGGAGCAAGUGGCCCAAGAGAGCGGGAGCUUCAGCUGCCCUCUGUACCAGGAGGCCGAGGAGAGGGUGAGGAGGAGGCAGGAGGAGCUGGCGAGGCAGAGGAGAGGAGGGCAACCCGGCGACUCGGAGGAAAACCUGACGGAGGAAGAAAUGGAGGCAGUUCGUGAGGAGGCGGAGAGGAGCGUGGGCGACCUGGACGUGGAUGUGGACGGUGUUUUCCCCUCGGCCAGCGUCUCUCCUUCCUCCCCUGCCCCGUCCUUCCUCUGGGGCUUGUGGGAGAAGCUGACCGGCUGGAUUAGAUGGCCCACCUUCGUGAGAAGGGAGGCCCUGCUGGGGGCCCUGGUAGGCCUGUUUGUGGGGGGGCCGUUCGGAGGCAUGGUGGGGGCCACGGUGGGGUCUGUAGCUACCGAGGUGGGGAGAAGAAAAACACAGAAAACCAAAUGAGAGAUCAUAUAUCAUGCAAGAGUUCACAGUAUUUGAGCAGAGCAGGGUGUCGCUGUGGCCUCAGCAGCCCUCAGCCUCAAGUUUAUCCUGAUCACUGUGCUUCACUACUCGAUUUCUACACUGGAUUACACUUUGUAUUUAAGCUUUAAAGUGAUGAAUGAAUUAUAAGUGUGUUGGAUCCUUAAUAAUCCCCUCAAUAGGACGAACUUUUCCACAUUUGAAAACCUAUUUCGGCUGCUGUGUGUCAUCCUCGUCUUGACGGCUCGACUGAGUUUGACUCAGAUCUUCUUCCACUACAUUCAGUCUGCAGACAUAAGGCAGUGCGUCCACCCAAAGUGUUUUUCUUUCUUUAUUUUCCAGCUGAAAACAUCUGAAAACAUCCAUCUGGGAGCGUUUGAGUGUUUACUGGAGGCCUUGUUUUUAGCCGAGACGCUUCAGUCGCUACGACAGAGAAUAUCGAUGGACGUGAGGUGUCACGGUAACAAAGUGCUCCUCCAAGUAUUAGUUUUCAUAAUAAUAUUGAGGUAGUUCGGACACUCAGAGAGCAGCAGUAUUAACUCCUCUAGCCAUUGCUUAACCCUCGUACAAGCAGGACAGUUGGUGUUCGUUCUAACUUUCUCAGCAAACAGAAAAUUCCAUUACAGACAACUGACAAAACCUUAGAAAAGAAAACUUUAACAACAAUUCAAUAAUUUCCCUGAGGUACCCUACCAAAGGGAUCAAUAAAGUUAUGUCUAAUUUAAUCUAAACCUGCAACAGUUGAUUGUUUUUUACCACUUAGGGUGCAACAGUUGGUUAUUUAGACGUCACACGGAUUGCCCCCGUACAGUUUUUUUCUGGAAGCUUUUUUCUGCCCUAUGGCUAAAAAACGACUUAUGAGAGCCGUGAGAGUGAAUGAAAAUGGUAAAGAAGCAAAAUAUUGAGUUUAAAGAUGCUAAAGCUCUGUGAGGCUGAGCUGAAGUUCAGGACUGGGUUCCAUCACCAUCACCAAAAACAUUCCAGUUAUUCACAUUAUUUCACUAAUAGUUGUGA